AUGCAGCUUCUUUCACUCCUCGCUGUUGGUGGCCUCACAGCCAGUGUUUCUGCCCGAAGCGCUCGCUCUGUUGGCAAGAAGAAUGAGCUCCCUCGUCCUCGUUUGACUGUUCCAGAAUCGAGCCUUCAUCCCCACAAGCGUCAGAGCACUCAGAUCAUCACUACCGAGGCCUCCAAGUCUUUCGCUGUCAACGGAACUGCUGGAGCAAUCCCCGACGUCGAUUUUGACAUUGGCGAGUCUUACGCUGGUCUUUUACCUAUCAGCAAAGCUGCUAAUGAGACCUCUGAACUGUACUUCUGGUUCUUCCCAUCCGAGAACCCUGAUGCGAGUGACGAGAUCACCAUCUGGCUGAACGGUGGUCCAGGUUGCUCAUCUCUUGAAGGAUUUCUUCAAGAGAACGGACCGAUCUCAUGGCAGUACGGUUCCGGACCAGCCGCUGUUUACAACCCCUGGAAUUGGGCAAACCUCACCAACAUGGUCUGGGUUGAGCAGCCAGUGGGCACUGGAUUCACCCAAGGCAAUGCUACUGCCACCUCUCAGGAGGAGACCGCUGAGGAAUUCCUUGGCUUCUUCAAGAACUUUGUUGAUACAUUCGGUCUGCAGAACCGCAAGGUGUACAUCACUGGCGAGUCAUACGCCGGACGCUACGUCCCUUACAUCGCGGAUGCCAUGUUGAGCAAAAACGACUCUACCUACUACGAUGUGAAGGGUAUCAUGUUUUACGACCCCAGUGUAGCUGAGGAUGUUCUUCUUGAGGAUAUUCCCGCUGUUGCCUUUGUCGACAAAUGGGCUGGUCUCUUCAACUUUAACCAGACCUUCAUGGACGAUAUCCAUAACCGCUCUGAGGCCUGCGGCUACACCGAGUACAUGGAGAAGUACCUGACCUUCCCCCCGCCCAGUAAGCUCCCAUACCCGGAUAUGGAUGCCAAUACCGAAGGCUGCGGACUGUGGGAAGACAUCUACAACGCCGUCUUCUACACCAACCCUUGCUUCGACGUAUACGCCAUUGCCACCACCUGCCCUCUUCUCUGGGACCCUCUCGGCUUCCCCGGCUCCUUCGACUACCUUCCUCCUAACACGGAAAUCUACUUCAACCGUACCGAAGUACAAGCUGCCAUCAAUGCGCCCAUCCAGCCCUGGGCGGAGUGCUCCAACGGCGUCCUCGACACUGACACAUCUCCCCAAUCUUCCUGGGAGGUUAUCCCCCGCGUUAUCGACGCCCUAGAUCGCACCGUCAUCGCACACGGCGAGCUCGACUACAUCCUCCUCUACAACGGUACCCUAAUGGCUAUCCAAAACAUGACCUGGGGCGGCAUGCAAGGUUUCCAGAACCCGCCUGUCGAUGACUUCUAUGUGCCCUACCAUGACGACCUGAGCUUGACCAGCUUGAGCGCAAAGGGCCUCAUGGGAAAGACAAUUACAGAGAGGAAGUUGACAUUUGUCCAACAGGCUAUGAGUGGGCACAUGGUGCCGCAGUAUCAGCCUAGCAGUGCGUACCGUCAGCUCGAGUUCUUGCUGGGCCGCAUUGAGAGCUUGACAUCCAGGGAGCCUUUCACUACUCUUCCCAAGACCCCUCAGAGUAACGAGACCAGCAUCGUUGGAAAGAGAGAUCUGGGUGUUAUGCCCGGACAACUGAAGAAGUGGUUCUAG